UGUAGAAUGGCGUGCAGCGAAUGGACCAGAACUGUUGCCGUUAAAGACACAGAAAGAACACAAUAGCAGAGAACGGCCAUGACCUUCACACAAUAUGACAGCGCCUGCCCUGCAGAACACCUCUUAGCUGAAACGAAUGAUGGACAUAGGUCUUCUAACUACAUAUUACAUAUGUAUGAAAUCAAUAACUUUGACCAUGAAGCUAUGAACGAAAAAGCAUUAACGCAUCAACUAAACAACAUUAAUGUACUGAUUAAACAGAAUGAAUAUACAACAUUAAAUAGUACCUCUACAGAAGGAGAUCCAAGUCUGUACAAAGAUCAACUACCAAGGCACGCGAGACCAGCUCCUUCAACAGUCACUGACCAGUGUCCAGCAUACACAUCUUCAGCUUCAGUUAUAUACUCGUCUGCCUUUUUUCCCCCUCGGCGUCAGGGAGCAUUUGACACUGUGAGACAGAUAAAUGAAGUCUGUCCACCAGGUUUUCUGAACAGACUUAAUGACAGGAAUACUAUCUCAUCUUUGUCAUUUCUGGAAAACCACAUUCGUAUAACCAUGACAUAAUGGCAGUUUAAUGACUGUGUUUGUAUAUGUGUGUGUGAGUGUGUGCGU